CUGCAACAAGUCUGUGAUCAGCCCCGGGACAGAGGAGCCAGCAGCCUGCCUGUGACAGGCAUCAGGUUAGCUCUCUCCCACUCGGGGGGCGCGCCCAGGAUAUAAACCCCAGUCCAGGCCCCUGCAGCGGCCCCUCUCCCUGCACACUCAGGAGAGGGAGUUUCCUUGCAGAGACCUUUCUUUUAUCUGAAGCUGCAGAGCCCAGCAGGCUCUGUUGGCUUGGUGGAGGCAGCAGAGGCAGCCGCAGCCUUCACAGCAGUGAGGAAGCCUGCUGGGGCGGGAAGAGCAGGUGUCUGCAGCCCCCUCCCCACCCCCAAGGAGAAGAAGAUCCCGGUGGGCCCCGCCCCGGCAUUGUCUCAGGGAGGUCUCUGGCCCUGGCUGACAGCACCAUGUGGGGCCUGGGAUGCUGCAGGCUCUGGGCCUGCUGGGGGCAGGUGGCAGUACUGCUACUGCUAUUGCUGGAGGAGCCCCCUCAAGGCCUGGCACUGCCACCAAUCCGAUAUACCCACGCUGGCAUCUGCCCCAAUGACAUGAACCCCAACCUCUGGGUGGAUGCCCAGAGCACCUGCAAACGGGAGUGUGAGACGGACCAGGAGUGCGAGACCUAUGAAAAGUGCUGCCCGAAUGUGUGUGGGACCAAGAGCUGCGUGGCAGCCCGCUACAUGGACGUAAGGGGGAAGAAGGGCCCGGUGGGCAUGCCCAAGGAAGCCACCUGUGACCACUUCAUGUGUCUGCAGCAGGGCUCCGAGUGUGACAUCUGGGAUGGCCAACCUGUAUGCAAGUGCAAGGACCGAUGUGAGAAGGAGCCCAGCUUCACCUGUGCUUCAGAUGGCCUCACCUACUACAACCGCUGCUACAUGGAUGCCGAGGCCUGCUCCAAGGGCAUCACGCUGGCCGUGGUCACCUGUCGCUAUCACUUCACCUGGCCCAACACCAGCCCCCUGCCACCAGAGACCACUGUGCACCCCACCACAGCUUCCCCAGAGACCCCUGGGCUGGACACAGCGGCCCCAGCUCUGCUCAACCACCCUGUGCAUCAGUCGGUCACCGUGGGUGAGACGGUGAGCUUCCUCUGUGACGUGGCAGGACUGCCCCGGCCUGAGAUCACCUGGGAGAAGCAGCUGGAGGAUCGGGAGAAUGUGGUCAUGCGGCCCAACCAUGUGCGUGGCAACGUGGUGGUUACCAACAUUGCCCAGCUGGUCAUCUACAAUGCCCAGCCCCAGGAUGCGGGCAUCUACACCUGCAUGGCCCGCAAUGCCGCUGGGAUCUUGCGUGCCGAUUUCCCGCUUUCUGUGGUCAGGGCUGGCCAGGCCAUAGCUACGGCUGAAAGCAGCCUCAAUGGCACAGCUUUCCCAGUGGCCGAGUGCCUGAAGCCCCCUGACAGUGAGGACUGUGGCGAAGAGCAGACCCGAUGGCACUUCGAUGCCCAGGCCAAUAACUGCCUCACUUUCACCUUUGGCCACUGCCACCGCAACCGCAACCACUUUGAGACCUAUGAGGCCUGCAUGCUGGCCUGUGUGAGUGGGCCGCUGGCUGUGUGCAGCCUGCCGGCCCUUCAGGGACCCUGCAAGGCCUAUGCACCUCGCUGGGCCUACAAUGGCCAGACCGGCCAGUGCCAGUCCUUUGUCUACGGCGGCUGCGAGGGCAACGGAAACAACUUUGAGAGCCGCGAGGCCUGCGAGGAGUCCUGCCCCUUCCCCCGGGGAAACCAGCGCUGCCGGGCCUGCAAACCCAGGCAGAAGCUCGUCACCAGCUUCUGUCGUAGUGACUUUGUCAUUUUGGGCCGGGUCACUGAGCUGACCGAGGAGCCGGACUCGGGCCGAGCACUGGUGACCGUAGAUGAGGUCCUAAAGGAUGAGAAAAUGGGCCUUAAGUUUCUGGGCCAGGAGCCGCUAGAGGUCACUCUGCUGCAAGUGGACUGGGCCUGCCCCUGCCCCAAUGUGACAGUGGGCGAGACUCCCUUCAUCAUCAUGGGCGAGGUGGAUGGCGGCAUGGCCAUGCUGCGGCCUGAUAGUUUUGUGGGCGUCUCAAGCACCCGGCGGGUGAGGAAGCUGAGAGAAGUCAUGCAGAAGAAGACCUGUGAUGUCCUCAAGGAGUUCCUGGGCUUGCACUGAGCCCCCUCCUUCCCUUGCCUCCCAGCCCUGGGCUUUCCCUUUUCCAAUCCCCCUCCCCUCCCACCCCAUGCCUCUCAAUCAGCAGAGUGGACAAAUUCAGAUUAGACAGCCUUAGGCCAAUAGGGUGAUCAGUCCAGAAAAAAAAAAGUCAGCAGUGAGUCUUACAGCAGUUUCUCUUCUUUGGGUUCAUUGAGGGGGGUUGUAUCAUUUUAGUUAAGGAGGCAGCAGGAGAUAUCAGUAGACACCUUCAAGUGAUUCCUGAUGACCAGUCGGCAUGAGCAUUAUUACCAUGAUGAUCUUUGCUGAUAUUCUUUCCCUGCCCCCACUGGGGGUGGAAAGACCAUGUCUUCAUGAAGGUCACAGCCAUUGUGACAUGGAUUGGGCUGUAACAGGAGUAGGCAGAGAUGAUGGGGGAGCCCAGAGUCUCCUGGGGCAAGUUCUCCAGUUGCCCUAGACCACUGUGAGUAGGGACCACUGCAUGUGAGGGAGUGCAGAAAAUGGGAAACCAACUGGGUUUAACCCAGCACAAAAUAUGCCUUGCAUAGAGGCUGCUGGGCACCACUCUUCACUCUUGGUACGUGGUCAGUCUAUGCUGGUGGUCUUUGCGGUAAUCUAGCACUAGAAGGGUGUAUGCUUCUUCUCCUUAACUUUAUUGACUGUUUUGUUCAAUCUAACUUGAUGGGCAUUAUCUGGACACUUGCUAGGUUGCAGGCACUAAGACUGCAGAAAGAGCUUUUAGCAACUGAGUUCAAAUGUGCAGCCCUAUUAACCCCCCUCCACACACAUUCUCUCUCUCCAACAGCUGUCCCUCUCGCUCAGCUGUCAAAUAGUGAUAUUUGAUGGGCAGUGUGCUUUCAUCUGCCACUGGCUUCUUUGGAUAGAAAGAGAAUGAAGGGAAGUGGAAAAGCAGACAAGGAAGGAUCUUUUUUGGUGAAAGAAUAGGAAAGGCAGAAGAGGGAGGUUGGAAAGGAAAAGAAUAUUGCUCAAUGCUCUCAUCUGGUGGUGGCCUCAGGAACUGCAGGGAGCUGGAGUGGCUCUGAGUGAGGCCUGGAUAGAGCAGGUUUGGGGGUUCAGCAACUCAUUGGUGGUGACUUUUUGUUUCUGAACUUUAUGUUCACUAUGUUUCACUAUGUUUAUGUUUCACUAGACAAAGGAUUCAGAAAACUGUCAGUGAUACAUGUGCCUCCCACCCCCUUUCCCUCUUCAGCCCUUCCCCCCUUUUUUGUCCUUAAGCCCCUCAAAUGAUGAAGGCCAUGGGGUAACCUCAUUUCUUCCUUAAACAUAAAGAGGAAGAUACCAAUUAAAUACUCAUAGUAUCAACAUC